GUGUGUGGUAGAGGGAGGGGGAGUGGGUCAUUGGGUUCAUUCGCACUACAGCAGCGGCGCCCUCCAUAGAGAUCCGCUUGUCUCUCUCACUCCAGCUGGCAGGAAUAUGUGUCAGAUGGAUGGUGAGGCGAAAAACAAGAGCUUUUAAAAUAUGGUGCAAACGGUACGUGCCUCCGCGCUUCGCUUGACCUUUCAUCAGGACAAAGGAAGUCGAUGAGCCGUUUUAAGCGGAGCCGCUGCUGCUGCCAUUUUCAGGUCAGUCGAGGAGACUCGCCGGAGCUCGAGUUGUCGAUAAGCGGAAUAAUACAGAGCGGAGAGAUGAUGAAGCGCCGUGAAUGAUUAUGGCCGAUAGUCACCGGAGGGGCACGGACAGAGGCAGAGGCAGGAUGACAUCAGGAUACUCGCAGCAGUACGCGAGCAGCAAAGCGUCAGACAUACAGGAGCUCGCAUCCAAGCGCGUGGACAUCCAGAAGAAGCGCUUCUACCUGGACGUGAAGCAGAGCACCCGCGGCCGCUUCCUGAAGAUCGCCGAGGUGUGGAUCGGCCGAGGCAGACACGACAACAUUCGCAAGAGCAAACUCACCCUGUCCAUGUCCAUGGCGCCCGACUUGCGCUACUGCCUGGGCGACUUCAUCGAUUACUACGCGCACAUAGGGCUCCGAGGAUGCCAGGCGCCGGACCGCCGACCGGAGGAGCAGAGCAACGGCCAGGGCCGCGCGCUGGAACCCCGCCGGAGAGCAGCGGACCAAGCGGCGUCUCCCAGCGGCUCCGCCGCAUCAGAGGAGCAGACGCACCGGGUGCUGAAGAGCGAGUUCAUCGAGCGGGACAACAGAAAGUACUACCUGGACCUGAAGGAGAACCAGCGCGGCCGGUUCCUGCGCAUCAGGCAGACCGUCACCCGAGGACACGGCGGCAUGGGUUACUACGGGCAGGGCAUCGAGCAGACCAUCGUGCUGCCCGCGCAAGGGCUCAUCGAGUUCCGAGACGCUCUGUCUCAGCUCAUCGACGACUACGGCGACGACGAACCCGAGCGGGCCUGCGCGCGGAACCACGACGAGUCGCCCGAACUGCCCGAGGCGGCGUCGUUCCGCGUCGACAACAAGCGCUUUUACUUCGAUGUGGGCUCGAACAGGUUCGGCGUGUUUCUGAAGAUCAGCGAGGUCCGGCAGCCCUACAGGAACACCAUCACCGUCCCGCUGAAAGCCUGGGCGCGCUUUGGGGAGAACUUCAUGAGGUACGAGGAGGAGAUGCGACAUAUCUUCAGCUGUCAUAAAGAGAAGAGGACAGACACUGAGGAGCACGAGGAUUGACGCAGACUACUGUUUCUCAUCUUUCUCUUGUUAGUUGUACCUCUAGCGGACCGUCCGGCCCCUUCUGUUCAUGGCCAUUAUUGUAGUUGAUAUGAAUCUAGGCAGAGUCCAAACGGCUUGUCCCUGUGCAGAGAGGCUCUGCUGGGGUUGCAGUGUGUGUGUGGGACCGGACAGGUGCAGUAUUUCAGUGAGUGUAUGUGUGUGUAAGAGAGAGAGAGCGUGCUUAUGAGAGCAUUAGGACUUGGUCUCUUGCAUCCAAUGCUUCUUCCCAGGCUUUACAUGUAUGAGGCUGCUGUGCAAUUUCUCAGAGCUGGGAAUCAAAUAAUCAAGAUCUUAUCAAGCGCUUAUGUCAGAGAUACACUGCACACGUUCGUUCUGAACGAUCGAGUGCUGGAGUAUUUUGAUGGUCCAAAGUGAGGGUCCCCCCCCCCCCCCCGUUUUGAAGCUUGAAGUCUGACUUCAUCUCAAUGAUCAAAAGAAUGGCUACACUUUGCCAAUGCACAAAAACAUUACGUUCCCCAUCUGAAAUCAGAAACCAAAAAGUGCAUUUACUAUUUCCAUUAUUUGGAUGAAUUAUUUACACACUAGCCUAAUGAAAAAUAUCCAAUUUAAUGAGGUGCUUAAACUAUAGAGCAUCAAAUUUGACAUUGUGUGGCUUUAGCAUAAAUGAUGAACGCACACACCAAGAUUAGGUUUAUUUAAAAGCGUUUAAACAUGGCUUUAAAUAAUGGAUUUUUUCCAUCUCUCUGACAAGACAAAUGCUGAAUCACUCUUGAUUGGUGUGCAAUAUAUUAUUUUCAUCAGUCCCUGUCAGUGGGAUUAAACGAGAACUGUGCAAAAGCAAAGCGAACAUGAAUGGGCUGUUAAAUUAUGUUCGUUUUAAAUAGCAGAAUGUAAUAUAGCUUGGUUUGGAUGGUUAUGUGAGGUGUUGCAUUAUGGAUUUCCACAGAUCUAAAAACAAACAAACAAAAAAAAAAAGGUUAAAUGCGUUUGACAUGAUGUCAUUCUGAUCAAAACAAGCUGUGGUUAAAACAACAUAUUAUCAUACAUAUUUCCUACUGCAUAACUAAUAACUAACAAUCAUUCCUUUUUUAAAUGGCGUAGGAUAAAAUAAACAAAUUACAAGCAAAUAGCUGCAUCCCCAGAUGUCUUUCAUGCCCAAUUCAUUGGAUUGUGGUAAAUGAUUUUGCAGAUUUUGGCAUACAGUUUUAAAAUCUACACUGAAAUUGGGCAUACUAUGCACAGUAUGUAUUCUGCAUACUGAAUUUCUAUUGAAUAUAAUACAAGCAGUAGUGUACUAUUAUGAAAAACACAAAAAGCAUAUGUUAUCUAUAGUUGCCUUUACCAAACCUUUUUUUCUGGGCUUGUAGCAUUUAGAGGCAUGACAUUCGUGCAUCUAGGCAGUUGUUUUCUCGUUGAAGCACAACUAAAGGAAUUUUUGCAUUGGUUUUAGGAGUUGGCUUCUGUUUAUUUGUACUGUAAUUACUGUCCAGCUGACAGGAAAAGCAAUUCGUUUCGGCACUUCUAUUGAUACGUUUUGAGUUCUCAGCUAUCAACAGAUGUUACCUAAUACCUUUUCUUCUCUUUUCGUAAGUAUGUGUGUGUGUGUGUGUGUGUGUGAGAGAGAGAGAGAGAGAGAGAGAGAGAGAAUAUUUAUCUUGUAUCAGAAUAUGACUGAAUUAUGGGUACGUUCUAUGGGUUAGUGUUAAAGUGUUAGUUCACCCAAAAAUGAAAAUUCUGUCAUUAAUUACUGACCCUCAUGUCGUUCCACACCCGUAGACCUUCGUUCAUCUUCGGAACACAAAUUAAGACAUUUCUGAUGAUAUCUGAGAGCUUUCUGACUCCUCAAUAGACAGCAAUUUAACCACCGCUUUUAAGUUCCAGAAAGGUACUAAAGACAUUGUUAAAAUAGCCGACGCUUAAGAUAAUACUCCUAUGCUUUUUACGUCCAGCGCUUCCAGGUUCUACGUCAGAAUGCUGGCUCAGUAAUGAGCAUGUGAGCAGCACGACGUAUGCGUGUGAUGCUGACGCAGGAGCCAGCCAAUAAUGACUCGGCGUUCUGACGUAGAACCUGGAAGCACUGGACAUAAACAGCGUAUGAGAAUGAUAGGGCUGGGUAAAAAAUAUCGAUUUCUCAAUUUUAAUUGAUUCUCAUUUUUAUGAACCAAUAUCGAUUCUUAAAUCCCAAGAAUCAAUUAGUCUAGUCUGUUUUCAGUUGAUGAAUGAGCAGAA